CCCUGAAAUUGCCCUCUGUUUUGUUUUCGUUUCGGGGAAGUGAAUGUGGUCUGCAGGUUUAUAAAUUAUAUAUAAACCCCACUCUUUGGUGUUUCUCUGUAAACAUUUAGAUAGUCAGGUUUAAAGCAACCGUCACUGGACCCGGACAUUGAACGCACCACCAGCCAGCAGCUUGAAGCCCUGAUGCUGAUGAAGAAGAGAGGCCAAACGUGUUUGAUAGCGUCCAGUAUGGCUUCAUUCGUUGUCCUCAUGAUGGUGCUGUACGGCACCAUCGUCACCCAGCAGCCAGGCAGCUCCAGCCUCAGACAGGACUACCAGAUGCUGGGCAGACCCCUCUACAAGCUGGACCUGGGCUGGCCCAAGAACCCGGAGCUCUUCACCGGGGACGUGUUCGGAGUGGCUGUCAACCAGUAUUCAGGGGUGGUGUAUGUGGCACAGAGAGGUGACAAUGUGCCCAAGGUGCUGGUGUUCACCACGGAUGGUGAUUUCCUCAUGGCCUGGAACACAACCACCCUGGAGAUGCCUCACGGAAUAUUUUUAGCAGACGCUGCCUCCUCAAACCCCACCGUGUGGAUCACAGACGUGGGGAACGGCCCGUACGGCCACUGCAUCAAACAGUACUCGCCAUCUGGGAACCUCCUACAGGUGCUUGGUACACGAGGGGAGGCAGGCGCCGGGUUGAACCCUCUGCAGUUCGACCAGCCAGCUGAGAUCUUCGUCCACGACUCCGGAGAGAUAUACAUCGUGGACGGCGACGGCGGGAUGAACAACCGCCUCAUCAAGCUGUCCAAAGAUAAGGAGGUGUUGUGGAUGCACGGAGAGAAAGGACAAGGCAUGGCUCAGUUCUACAUCCCCCACAGCGUGACCGUGGACAACGCCCUGAGGGUGUGGGUGGCCGACAGGGGGAAUAAGAGGAUCCAGGUCUUUAACUCCAUCACGGGGGACUGGCUGGGGACGUGGGGGAGCUGCUUCACCGAGGACGCGCCCUACUCCGUCCGCCUGACCCCGGACAAGAAGUAUUUUGUUGUCGUCCAGCUCAACACCAACCAGAUUUCGCUGCUGGAUGCCCCACCGGUGGGAUUGAUCGGCCAGUGCACUGUGGUCAGUGUGAUCCAGCUGGCCGAUGACGUGAAGCCCCACCUGGUAGACCUGGACCUGAAGACGGGGGCCCUGUACGUGGCUGAGAUCGGAGCUCAGCAGGCCCAGAAGUUCACCCCCUUCAGUCUGGGUGGAAGCCUCCUGUAGUGCCACACUUUGAAAAUGGCAUGAUCAAUCAGAAACUAACUUCGCCUAUCAUUACCAAUUAUUUAAAACUGAACCAAAAAAUGUCCAUGUGUUAUGUAAAUUUGCAAUCAUGUGAUCCAGAAAAAAAAUCACAAAACAAUUCUUUAUGAACCCUCCGAAAAACACAUUUGAGGUUAAGAUGUCAAAGGUAUCCCCUGACAACCCUGUCUCAUUGAAAGGACAUUUUUUAUAGUACGAGUUUGCAACAGUAUUUGUUUUGAAAGAAACGUAAUACCAUAUGGAAAGUUUUUUUUAAGUCAACAAAAUAAGUCCUGCAGUACAAAAAAGUAGCACAUGGACUAGAAAAAAACACACGCUGCACACAUAGAAGUUUCAGUUGGUUGCAAUCUGCAACCUCACCACUAGAUGCCGCCAAAUCUGACAUACUGCUCUUCUAAGAGAAAAUAACAACAAUAUAAUAAAGAUGAAUUAUAAGACCAGAUUGUGAAUCAGCAGAUUCUUAAUAUUAAAGGAUCCGGAAUCGAAAGACACGAUCAGGACAUCCCUACUUUUAACUGAGCCGUUUGAUGUUUGAUUGAGAAAUGCUUACACCAGAGUCUCUUGUUAAGGGCUCCUCUGUGUGCCUGGCUGGUUAAGCACCAUUCACUGAUCCAUCCAUCGUAGUAAAUAAAUGUAGUUUCUUUGAGACAGGGUUUCCCCAGACUAAGCAUGUGCUGCUUUAAAAAUGUAAUAAUAUUCCGCAUUCAAUAAUACAAUGGAAUUCAAAACAACUAUGUUGUAUUUAUUGUAAAACAAAUUCACAACAGGGCAUGGUUCAUGUCAAUUAUUAGUUAAAAUACCAUUUAAUAAAAAUACAAUUUAAUAUGUAGUUAAAUUGGUUUCUUCACAAUAGAAAAGGGAAUUGGUUAUUUGGUAUCAAUACACUGUUAUCAUUGUUAUUUGCUGUUUGUGAAAUCAUGUGCCAUUUGUAAUUUUCUUGACUUUGGACUUGUUGCUGUUUCCUUUUGUCACUGCAGACACUUUAAAGUCUUUUGUGCAUUUUUGCCAGUUCAGCCUUUUUUCCAUGUACAUGGCUAUUUAAAGACAUUUAAAAGGCUAGAACUGAAUUGUUUGAAUUAUGUUGCUGUUUGGUCCGUCUAUAAAUAUAAUUGAAGCGUUUCAUAAUGCAGUGAAUAGAUACGUUGUAUGAUUGAGUGAAUCUUUCUGAAAAAAAGAUUUAGCCAGUGUAGGUGUGUUUAGUUAAUCUUGUCUUGCACUAUAUUUCCUGUAUUACAGAAUCAACUGUAUUUUGACAUUAUCAUUACCGUGAGAAAUGUAUUGUGAUUGAUUUAUUGCUUUUUCAGUGACUCUGUGUUGCCACUAUCAGUCACUGUGCAGGAUGUGUGGGUAAAUGAGUGACUUGUGAUUCACCGGGAGAUUCAGUGAGGGAGGAAAUGAUACUGUUGGUUCAACAUGCCCUUCAGAGAGUGACAUAAAACUACGAGCUCUGUUCCUGUAUAGAAUUGUAGGCUUGUUGCACAUAUUCUCUUUGCAUUCUGUAUUCAAGACAAAAUUCUGUCCAAUAAGUGACGAUCGUUGCACUUAUUCACUUAAAAAAAAAAAAAAAUGUAUUUAAGAAAUCUAAAUGGUUCCGUCCAAUUUUACACAUUCCAUUCUUUUACACAUACUCCGCCUGCAAAAACAGACAACUGAAGGAGCUUUGUCAAGUCAAAUAGAUCUCGCUUUGGGCUUCUUGGAGACGACAGAUCUUUAACAGAAAGCCUGCGUUACUUACAUUAAGUUGUGAUCUCGAGAAGCAGCCUUGAGAAGUUGGUAUCUACAACAGCAAUUUGAAAUGUUCCCAUGAUGCAUUUUGGUGUCCAGAUAUACUUUUAGAAACCGUGUUCUAUGCUGAAGGUGAUGUACUGUAUGUAAAGUGGCCAGCGUUUUAAUAACAUCUGAAGGAAGUAUAAAUGAUGGUUUACUUGGUUUCAUUUCACCAUCUUCCAUGUGUACAAUGAAAUGCGGAUGCAUGCGUUUCUUGGCAUACAGUACUUUGCAUAAUAUUCUUUGGUGUUGGAAAAUGCAUGUUAAGCUUUUCUCCAAUAAAAACGACACAGUGAGUUGGACUGCAUAUACACUAUGUACUUGUACUUGUGGGUUUAAAAUUGUUGUAAAGACGUUUUAUUUUUAAUUUUCAAGUCACUUUUUAAAUGUUAUUUUUUGUGUGUGUCUUUGAAGUCCACACUGGCAGGGAACCCAAAGGUGAAUGAUACAUCAUAUUAAAGAUAUUUAAUCAUA